CUUCAGUUUCGAUCGAGACGCACUUGAGUGCGGACGUGUGGUGCGCUUGGUCCUGCGAUUUCCGAUUUCCUGCUGAGUUUUGCGGUGUCGUCGCAUAUUUCGUGCCUUCCGGAGCGUGGAUCCCCUGGAUUUUUGCGGUCGUUGUGCAAGUGCUUGGCAGUCACGUACAGCCGUUGCAACAAAAAUUCGAAAAAGUAUAAAAAAACUGACGAACAACAACCGCCAGAAGUAACCAAAUCAAUGUGGCAAAUAGUGUACUUUCGAUGCGCGCUCGUUGAUUGAUUAACACAUCACCUCCUACACCUAUACAGAGUACUUGGUACUGUACUCAGUACUCAUUAAUUUGUACUCGCUUCCCUGUGGGUGCAAUCCGCUGGAAUUGUAAACUUCGCGGUGUGCAUCAUCAGCGGAGAACGUUAAAAAAAAAUAAGUUAAAAGUGCCGCGGUUGCAUUGUUUUGACUUUGAUCGUGUGUCGUGCUCCCCGCAAUCCGACAACCGCCCCUUGUCCCAUCGACGGAGCGCGUGCGUGUUGUAACUUUUGAUUAGCUUCGGUCGGUCUUGGAUUCGGAUUCGGAUUGGAACUAAGAUUUGGAUCUUCCAGUGCGCCUGCAUUUUUCGUAACUUAUCACCGCCCACAUCUAGCUCUGGCAUUCGCCAUUGCAGCUCGCUCUCUUUCUUCAGAGUCAACUAUUCACCAGCUGAGAUGUGCGUCCAAUUAAUUAUAUAAUUUCCAAGACCCGCUGAAAUCCCCGCUAAAAAUCAAUUGCACAAAAGAAGAGAAAGAGGCGCUUGAAUAGACACGCCAAGCGGUGCUAAUGCGAAAGAAAACUCCCCGACAAUUGCCAGAAAUUGUAAAGAAAUAAAUUAUACAAAAUGUCUAUAAAUAAUACAAGACAUUCGCCAUUCGGACUUGGAGGCGCCCUGCUGCUGCUCGCCGCCUGGUGCUUCUGCCACCUGGGAUACUUCGGAUCGGAGGCCCAUGUGGCCCUCACCUAUCCACCUGCCCGCAAAUACGAUCUGGACUUUCUGGACAAUGCGCGGACCAAGGCGCCAUGUGGCAUGCCCAAAGGUUCCAUCCGCACAUCGCUGCUCUCCGGCACGCAGUUCAACGUCACCUGGCAUUUGGCCUUUGCGCACAAGGGCGGUUUUCGGUUGCAACUACUGGAUGCCCUUGAUCGACCUGUCUUGGACCUAACGCCCCAUGUGAAUAAUUCGGAAUUUGUGAGCACUGAUGUCACUGCCCAGUCGUAUCAGGUGAAGAUCCCGAACGACUUUGAGUGCUUCAACUGUACCCUCAGGCUGCUUCGCCAGGCGGAUGAGUGGUCCACCAGCUAUCGGUUUUGGUCCUGUGCCGAUGUGGACAUUAAGCUGCGCAAGGACUUCAAGGAGACCUGUUCCGGAAAUGGCAAGUACUUCCCCUCGCGAUGCAAGUGCGAAAAGAACUUCUACGGCCCGCAGUGCCAGUACAAGGACGAGUGCUCCGCGGACGCCGAUUGCGGUGUCCAGGGCAAGUGCGUGGAUCUGGGUGGAAGCUCACUGCCCAGGCAGCAGUGCUACUGCAACUUUGGAUGGUUUGGAAUUGGAUGCAACAAGCGGUCGCCCUACAAGACAACCAGCCUCGAUCUCUCCUCGUACUCGAAGAAGGAACUGUCGCCCGACUACCACGUCUACUGGAGGCUUCUUGAGGAGCAGAAGGAGAUCGAGAUGGUUCUGAGGGUCAACAGCACAUCCUGGGUGGGAUUCGGAUGGAGGCCGCGUGGAAUGACGCCGGAGUGCAAGAACUUCCCGUUAGUAAGGGACAUUGGGGAUCUGACCACGACGUUGGAAGGCUCAGCUCCGGAACCCAAGAGCGAACCAGAACCUAAGAGCGAACCGGAACCCAAGAGCGAACCGGAACCUAAGAGCGAACCGGAGCCCAAGAGCGAGCCUGAGCCCAAAAGCGAACCUGAGCCCAAAAGCGAACCAGAACCUAAAAGCGAACCGGAGCCCAAGAGUGAACCAGAACCUAAGAGCGAACCGGAGCCCAAGAGCGAACCAGAACCUAAGAGCGAACCGGAGCCAAGGAGCGAACCAGAGCCCAAGAGCGAACCAGAACCUAAGAGCGAACCGGAGCCCAAGAGCGAACCAGAGCCUAAGAGCGAACCAGAACCUAAAAGCGAACCGGAGCCCACUAGCGAACCAGAACCUAAGAGCGAACCGGAGCCCAAGAGCGAACCAGAACCCAAGAGUGAACCAGAACCUAAGAGCGAACCGGAACCCACUAGCGAACCAGAACCUAAGAGCGAACCGGAGCCCAUUAGCGAACCGGAACCUAAGAGCGAACCGGAGCCCACUAGCGAACCGGAACCAAAGAGCGAACCGGAACCUAAGAGCGAACCAGAGCCCAAGAGCGAACCGGAACCCAAGAGCGAACCGGAACCCAAGAGCGAACCAGAGCCAAAGAGUGAACCGGAAACGCAGGGCGCCAAAACCAAAAGAGUUGCUGGGGACUUUGCCCAAAAGCAGGGCGUCUCCUCCGUUUCUACUAGUGUUUCCUAUCGCGUCAGCACCAAGGCGGAUCGUCAGCGCCGUGAGGCAGAGUCACCCAAAUACCGACUCAAUCCGUAUACACCACGCCAUGACUUCAACGGAAUGGACUGCACGGACAUCGUGAUCGGAGCAGCUCGGGGAUUGGCCAGCAGGGUGGGUGACUACUACAGUCGGGAUAGAUCCACGCCUCGCACCGAUGAAUUCUACGGCGGCAAAUCAAAUCUGGCUUUGGGCACCGGCUUCGAGGAGAACGGCGUGACCACGAUCAUCUUCCGUAAGAAACUGGUGGCCAAUGAGCCCACCGACCACACCCUGGACGAUGCCCUCACCCAUGUCAUUUGGGCCAAGGGACAGGAGACACAGUCCUCAACAGUCAAGAACUUCUAUCAGCCUGAUGAGGUGAAAUACCAUGGCGGUCAGAUGCAACGAGGCGUAACCCAAAUCAAUUUCUUUGAAAAAGAAAAGUCAGCGACAAGCACGGACCGUAAUGACCUGGGCACCAAUAUCCUGGACAACGACUGCUUUGGCCACUGGAAGUAUCCGUCUAGCUGCUCUCCCCAGGAGCACACCUGCGAGUACUACGCCAGCUGGGAGACGGUCGGUAAGGGUGACGAGAUGCGUUGGCACAUCGAGACGUCGAACACGCAGACCUGGACGGGAAUCGGCUUCAGCGAUGACCAGAGGAUGUCCCAGACUGAUGCCAUCAUUGGCUGGGUGGACAGUCGCAGCGGUAGACCGUUCCUCAUGGACACCUGGGUGCUGGGCUAUGCUCCGCCGAAGCUGGAUGAUCGCCAGGACAUCUACAAUGCCUCCGGACGCAUCGAGAAGGGAGUGACCAUUCUGGAGUUCAACCGCAAGCGGGUUAGCAAUGACGAACUGGACCUGUCCUUCACGGACGACCACUGCCUGUACCUGUUCUUCCCGGUUCUCGGAGGUGCCUUCAAUGUGGUGAACAAGAAGAUCCGCAAGCACGAGCAAGUUCCUCCAAUCUCUUCGCAACGUGUCUGCAUCAAAUCCUGCGGCAAGGAACUCGAGUCCGUUUUUGUGGGCACCAGCACUCCGGCUCCCAGCCGCCUGGUCUACGCAGUGGCCGUAAAGCUGAUGAACCUGGGCGAGUCCUAUGAAGCUCCAAAACCGGGAACUGUAGAGUUUAACAAUCUGGCUGCUACUAUAUCAGAUUCAUUCAAUGGCAUUCUAAGUUCUCAGACUGGGUAUUAUAAAACCGAGAUUCUUGGUUUUGAAAAGGAGGGCAGCACCAUGGUGGCCAAGGUUCAGACCAUGUUCGAUAAGGGGGAUGUGGAGAAGAAGCACGAUUUGGAGACCAACGAGGUGGACAAAACUAGUGAGGCAGCAGCUCAGAAGAACGCCGAAAAGAUCCGAUCGGCUCUGAAGGAUCAGAUAGCCACAGGACGAGUGGGUUCUCUGACGGUGGAUCCCCAAUAUCUGGACUUUGAGGCUUUGGAAUACAAGAGCACCUCUGAGCCCAAUGCCAAGGAGACUCUACUAUCCUUCUUCGAUCUCUCCGAGACUCGUUUGUACAUCGUCCUAGGCUUAAUUGCAGCCCUGGUCCUUAUCGCCUUAAUCCAGGCAUUCUGCACCAUUUGGAAAUCAUCUCGAAAGAGCAAAAAUACCAAGGAGAAACUCAUCAAGAACUCACCCUGGAAGGAGUUCGCCUCGAACACCAACUACGCCUUUGAUCCCUAUGGCGAGACGGAGGAGAAGAACAUCAGCAGCAGCACCACGGCGGGCAAGGAGAAGGCCCGCCACCGCCAUCAGUCGACCACGAGUAGCCAGCAGACGACGCUGCCGAUGUCCCAUUCCCCGACCAGCAAGUCCCAGAUGUACUACGAGAGUCCCAAUGGCCAGGGCAAGAAUGGAACCAACGGACGUGCCACCCAGGAGAGCAGCGUGGGCGGUGCAAAUGGAGGAGGUGGAGCACCCUACUCCAGGAGUUCCUAUGCGGAGCGAGCCUACUCCCUGCCCCGGCAGGCGCACCACUACCAGCAGAGCCCGGCCAGCAUGCAGCCCUCGGGUUACUAUACCCAUGACAGGCGUGCCGCUCGCCAGGGCAGCCGGGACAGGGAGCGGGAGCGGGAGAGGGAGAGGGAGGAGGAACGUCGCCAUCGCCAGGAUCGCGAUCGGGACUCUGGCUACGAUCGGUCGCGAGAUGAUCCGCGACAGAACGGUGGAUCCGACACACCGGACUUCUACUUCAUGCCCUCGCAGCGCAAGUAUUCCGGGGAGGUGGUUCGCGUCUACGUGGACUACAACAAGGAUCCGAAGCACUAAAGCUCAAAACACAUCUGUCUAUUUAACGCUCGUUUUAAGUUCUACCAUUCUGUACUCCGUCCAUCCGUUUGAAGUCCGUUUCAGGGCCACACAGAAAAAAAGAUUUUGCUUGGGGUCAAUCUGAUAUUUUCGGCUUUUAAGAUCACCCUUUUAGGGCCAAUUUCUUAAUGUCGUGUUAAUUUUUGUCACUGAGUUAAGCUGCCGAUUAUCAUUUUGUAAUGAAUAUCAAAAAAACCUUAACUAGAGGCAAUGGUUUUGCUUGAACUACCUAUACCUAGCUCUUUAAAGAUUUGUCCUUCGUAAUAUUCACAUUAUGUUUUUAAAAUGAAAUGGUCUUACCGAACAGCUUAAGUUCUUGUUAAGUUUCUCUGACAGAACCUUAACACACCAUUGAGAAACCGGCUCUUAAAGGUUAUUUUUUAUAACAUCAACAUGUUUCUUCGAACUCAGAGUACACUUUAAUUUAACGUUUAUCAAGCAAUUCAAAUAUUACAGAAAAAAAAUGUUAUAUUCUUCGCUAGAGAUGAAAAUGGUUUCCCACAAGUCCGAAUCAAUAUGAAAAAAUCCACUUGACCUCGAUAUAAGCCUCAUCUGUGCCCUUUAGUUUCCCCUGAGCUCUCCUUAGUUUCGAUUUUGCCAUAACGCAGUUUCGCUGCAGCGGCGUUUCCAGGUGCGCAAGCUUUACCACAAAACGCACAAUGCAUGAUUCCACAACUUAGUGAAUUGUAAAUAUUUUGAAUAGACAUUAAAGCUCUUGCUACAUGAAACAAAACAAAGCCACACACAAAUCACACAGAAUUAUAAAUCAAACUUUGCGAUUAGGUACGUGCAUUCAGAAUGUUUUCGCAUUGUCUUAUCUUAAAUGUGCAAAGAAACAUAGUCACUGUAUUUAAUCAAAUUAAAGAUACGCAUUAAGUAUACAUAAAUAAAGUUAAGUACAUUAAAAACCCCA